CUCCGGCGGCAGGCAGCGCUCUGGAGGCGGGGGUCGUUGCCCCCGCGCCUUCCCGUGGGCUGGGAGGGACCGAGACAAACCUGAACGGCGGCUCCCGCCCCGCGCCCCUUCGAGGGAGCGGCACCUGCCCGACCAGUCGUUUUCGAAGCCCGGCCAGAGGAGCUGGAGCAGCGCAGUGCUGCGCACCUGCUCCGACCGCGGCAGCGGGACUGGGUGCAGCGGGACGUACGGUACUGGGGUCCCGCCGGUUCUCCAAAAGCCAUGGAUAAGAAAACAGAGGAGGAGCAGCCUUUGACUGUGUCUAACCAGUACCCUAAAGAAGCAGUGAGGAAGCGUCAGAAUUCAGGCCGAAGCUCCAGGGGCAGCGAUUCUUCCAGGACCUCCAGGAAAAGCUUCAGGCUGGACUACAGAUUAGAAGAGGAUGUAACUAAAUCAAAGAGGGGCAAAGAUGGGAGGUUUGUCAAUCCAUGGCCAACAUGGAAAUCACCAACCUUGCCAAAUAUUUUGAAAUGGUCCCUCACAGAAAAGAAUAACAGCAAUGUGCCAAGCUCAAAGCAGGAACUUGACAAAGAGCUUCCAGUACUAAAACCUUACUUUGUUCAAAGACCUGAACUCGCUGGGAAGACAGGAACUGGUCUACGAGUGACAUGGCUGGGCCAUGCCUCAGUGCUGGUGGAAAUGGAUGAACUUAUUUUUCUUACUGACCCCAUCUUCAGCCAACGAGCUUCCCCCACGCAGCUGCUGGGGCCCAAGCGCUUCCGAGGCCCACCAUGCUCAGUGGAUGAGCUGCCCAGGAUAGAUGCAGUGGUGAUCAGCCACAACCAUUAUGAUCACCUGGACCACAGCACUGUGAUGAGCCUGAACCAGCGCUUUGGCAGUGAGCUGCGCUGGUUUGUGCCCCUGGGGCUCCUGGGCUGGAUGCAGAGAUGUGGCUGUGAGAAUGUGAUUGAGCUGGACUGGUGGGAAGAGAACUGUGUCCCCGGGCACGAUGCCGUCACCUUUGUCUUCACCCCUUCUCAGCAUUGGUGUAAAAGGACUGCCACAGAUGACAACAAGGUUCUCUGGGGCAGCUGGUCUAUCCUGGGCCCCUGGAACAGAUUCUUCUUUUCAGGAGAUACUGGAUACUGUGUUGCUUUUGAACAGAUAGGUAAAAGGUUUGGACCUUUUGAUCUUGCAGCCAUCCCCAUUGGAGCAUAUGAGCCAAGGUGGUUUAUGAAAUACCAGCACGUGGAUCCUGAAGAAGCAGUAAGAAUCCAUAUUGAUGUUCAGGCCAAGAAGUCUGUAGCAAUUCACUGGGGGACCUUUGCUUUAGCCAACGAGUAUUACUUGGAUCCUCCAGUUAAACUGAAUGAAGCUCUUGAACGAUACGGCUUAAAAAAAGAAGACUUCUUUGUUUUAAACCAUGGAGAAUCACGGGACUUGAGUACAAAUGAUGGGUUUGAAUAGGGCAGAGCAGGAGAAGAUCCUGGCAAGCCCUAUUUGAUUUGAACUAACAAUUAAUGUUACAAAUAUUAAUUGUGAUGUACUUACAAAGUAGAUUUUUUUGGACUGAAAUGGAUUUUUAGAUGCUAAGCUUGCCAGUUUCAGGACUAAAACUUGUAUACAAGUUUUGUGAUAAAUUUUACUAAUUAUUCUGUUUAGAGGUUUUGAGAGGUAAUCUAAAACCUGGUUAAUAUCUAAGUAUUGCCUGAGAAUAACUCUUAUGUACCCCACCGAUAACUACUGGGUCUUUUUGAAACUCUUCAUCGUACCUGCAGCAGCAAUAAUGACCUCAGCGCAGGACAUACUCCUACAGUUAAUGGCUGACUUGAAUUGGUCAUCGUUAGAAUGUCACCUCCCACCUGUUAGUCAUUGAUCCUCAGGUUAUGCCUUGUGUACCUUGAUACCUUCACAGGAUGGUUUGUGGGGUGGAGUCUUCCAAUACAGCUGUGUUGUUAAAGCACAAGCACAGUAGUGAUUUUACUGAGUGCUUUCUACAUUUUCAUAUACUGAUGAACCACAAAAGCUGGAUUUUCCAGUGAUCUAAAGCAAUGUGCCUUUUAAAGAGAGAGAUUAAUUACUACUGCACCUCUGAUGUGUCAAACUUACUGCUGGCCAGAGUCUCUGUGAACUUUCAUUCUAUUGUGUUUGUAAGCUAGGUCUGAACAUGUCUUAAAGAACUUUCUUGUUAAAUGCAGUCACUGAGAUGAAAGGAUCUCUUAAUAGUGCUUGUCUCUGCAUUGACUCAGCCUGUUGGUAAUUUGGGUUUGGGUUUGUUUCCUUUAAGGGAAAAGUCUUAAGCAAGGGCUGUGCUAUUCUUCCUUGUAGCUUCCAUAUAAUUUUAAAGUCCAAGGAGAGCACCCAGGGCUGUUCAUUAUUGUGAAACCUGGCUACAUCUAUCUGUAUCAAAUUGCCAUGCUAAUGCACAGAAUUAAAGCCUGUCGUUGCCAAGAAAAAGGCUUGGUUUUCUCUUUCAGAAUUCAUUGGCAAAUCACUCCUUUGGUGCAUGAUUUGGUUUGGUCUGUGGGAUGUGUGUGUUUUUUUUUCCUCUUGCUGUGCAUUACAUUUUCUAUUCAUACUGCAAUUUAAAGACAUGAAAUUCUGACAACAAAUUAAAGCCAGUUAAUGAGAUUUCAUGCUAGGAACAAACUGAAGUGAUCUUUUACUGUUGACAGUUAUCUUUUAAAAAUGUAUACUGGGUAGUUCUGGAAGUCUUGCAUAGCUUAGUGACAACAAACAACAGUACAAGGAGGCAAACAUCGGUUAGUCCAAGUUCCUGCAGUGGAAGGGUUCUGGAACAGGAUUGAACUUCUGUGUGACAAAAAGUAGUUCAACAUUCCUUUUGUAUGGGCUUAUCUGACAAACAUCACCAUUUUGUACUUGAAAAGGUAAUUCUUGUAUUCACCAGAAUUUGUCCAAAAUUGGUUUAAAACUAUUUUCAGUUGUUCUGUGUUGAUUUUGGGAGGGUGUUUCAAUAAUUAUUUGG